CAUUGCGCUUGCGCCCGGAGUGACGUCACGCUUUUUUGUGAGCCGCGGAACUUCCGUUCCCGGCCAAGCGGGAAGCUUUUUUCAUGAUCUUUUUGGGGACGUUUUUUUUAAAACGAGGCCUAGUCCGGGAAGGAAGAGUUGCCGUGGCAACCGCCGGGAUGCGCUUGCGCGGGCCUAGCAUGGCGCUGCGGCUGGCUCCGCGGCGCUGGCUCGGUCGGCAACCGUUCCCUCAGCCUCCCGGAGGCGAAGGGGUGGCCGACGUGCAAGAGCUGCUGCAAAACGCCACCGUCGAGGCGGACGAGCAGCCGCGGAAGACGCAGCGUGCCGCCCCCGAGGAAACCUCCGUGCUGCUCUUCCCCGGCCAGGGCAGCCAAUUCGUGGGAAUGGGCCGCGGGCUGCUGCGCUACCCGAACGUGCGGGAGCUUUUCCGCGUGGCCGAAGCCGUGCUCGGCUACGACCUGUGGAGCCUCUGCCGGGACGGGCCCGACGCCCGGCUGCACCGCACCGUCCACAGCCAGCCCGCCGUCUUCGUCUGCUCUUUGGCUGCCGUGGAGAAGCUGCACCAUCAGCAGCCCUGGGUUGUAGAGAGCUGUGUUGCGGCUGCUGGAUUCAGCAUUGGAGAAUAUGCUGCUCUUGUUUUUGCAGGAGCCAUAGAUUAUGCAGAAGCCCUGUAUGCUGUCAAGAUACGGGCUGAAGCCAUGCAAGAGGCCUCCGAAGUCAUACCAAGUGGGAUGCUCUCGGUUGUUGGCCGAAGAGAUUCCGAUUAUAAAACUGCUUGUUCGGAAGCUCGUGAAUACUGCAAGACGGUGGGCAUAGAAGACCCUGUAUGUGAAGUUUCAAACUACUUGUUUCCAGACAGCAGGGUCAUUGCAGGACACUUACAGGCUUUGGAAUUUCUACAGAAAAAUUCAAGGAAAUUCUCAUUUGCACGUGUAAAAAUGCUACCCGUGAGUGGUGCUUUUCAUACCCGCCUAAUGAAAUCAGCAACGCAACCUUUAGCCGAAGCUCUUGAAUCAAUCAGCUUCCAACCACCACUCAUCCCUGUCUAUUCAAAUGUGGAUAGCAAAAAAUACAGGCAACCGGAACAGAUUCAGCGUUGUUUAGUGGAACAAUUGGUUUCACCAGUAAAAUGGGAGCAAAUAAUGCACACAAUUUAUGAAAGGAAUAAAGGAAAAAUGUUUCCUUAUACAUAUGAAGUGGGACCUGGAAAACAGUUAGGUGCAAUUCUAAGAGGUUGCAAUUUAAAGGCUUCAAAAUAUUAUAGUAAUAUUGAUGUUUCUGAAGAUGAAACAAAUGAAGAAACGUAGAGAUCCUUGCAAGAGAUGGAAAGUCAUUUGCUGCCUGCUUAACUUUGCACAGGUUUAUUGUCACGCCUGGAGUGAAAGUAUUCUCCAUGGAAUUUCUGAACCUUUCGUCAAAUUAACAUAUUUGGCUGCGAGUGCCUUACAUAUAUUUGAUACGUACCUAUUUAGCAGGCCUAAUCCCCUUCACCUAGUUGUCCCGGUGACACAAGUGAAGGGUAAAAACUACAUUUGCAGUCUGCCUGACCUUAUGGAGCGUUUUCUUCCACCUGAGUAAAAUGUAAGCUUAUAUGACAACCCUGGUAUGUAGAGCUAGUCUGGUUGGAUUCUUUGCCAACCCAGAACCAGUUCCACAAGAUUGUCUAGUGUGUGGCUUCCUGACCUGUAUGUUUUAUGAGGAUAAUGAAGUAUUCUGGCAUUUCUGAGUAUAUUCCACAGAUUGACACAAUAAAAAGACAUUUCUAUAAUCAGUGAAGCACAUAAUGAUUUCUUUGGGGUAUUCUUUAGCUUACCAGUUUUCCAGGGUACAUCAGCAGUAAUGUUCUUAAGCUCUUUCUAAAGGCAGAUUGAAUGAAGCGCUCACCAUUGCUCAUUGGUUGGAUAUUUUCCCUGCUGUAAGUAUGCUUAUAUUUUUAUGAUGAUUUCAAUAACAUGGAAACCUAUUUGAUCAGCUGUACUGGAACAGAUUAAAUGCUCACGUGUGCCUAUCAGGGCCAUUAUCUUUAACGAUGUCGGGCAAUAAAUAAUUUAGUCCCGAUUA